AUGGAUGACCUGAGAACUGGAAGAGGAGGAUACACCAGAAGGAGAAGUAAGAAAAGACAAAGGAAGAAUAUGCUGCCUUGGAAAUUACCUUUUGGUGUAUGGAUGAUCUAUACCAGUACAGUGAACAUUUACAUUAUCAAAGGACAGGCCAAGGAGCACAACCAGACUGAUGGCCACGCCCAUGGGUAUCUGAGAGAAUUGCUGCAUAAUUUGUCUCCAAAUGACCAAGUUGCAUUUUCCAACAAUCAAACAAACUUUCUGAUUCAAAAACUAUGGGAUCGAGUACAGUGUUCAGAAAGAAUAGCUAGCACGAAAGAGCAAUGUGACAAGUGCCUUUUGCCAAAUGAUACCAUCUCAAUUGUAAAGGAAGAUAACGAGGAGCACCAUCUACAUGAGGAUGCCUUUCACAGGCUUUCGAUUCUUCUUCUUUACUAUAUCAUUAACAUGAAAGAUAUCUGCACUUCAAAUAUUCAUCCAAAAGUUGAGGGCUACAGAUUCUAUCUCAGUAAGAUUUUAAGCUUAAAGCCACAUCAAGAUUUAAAUCAUCUGUCUCAUGAUGAAAUCAACAAACUUUUGGAAAUCAUUCAAGAGCAUUAUACAUUUUCCUCCUGGACUCAGUGUAUUGAUGCAGACUGGCUGGAAGAGAAAGCUGGCAUAGUGGGUCCACUGGGUGCUGAUGAAAUUACAGCCCCUCGUCUGGCUGGUGCAAUCAUUACUUCCAUUCUGCAAGGACUUUGUAUCAGAGGCUUAGAUUUACCCAAGCCACACUUUUUCACUGAAUUUAUUUUCAGAUCACUAAACAGUACAACUAAUAUAAGUACUGCAGACCUGAAUCAUCUCCUUAAUCAGCUGGGUUUGGGAAAAUAUUUUGAAUCACAUUCACAUGAUCAUGAAGAUGAUCGAAGCACAGAGAAGCAGUUCAAAGAUUCUGGCCAUCUACGCUUUGCAAUAAAGCAUAGCCAAGAUCAUCAUGAAUGUGAUCAUGUACACGAUGAUGAUCGAUUCACAUGGGCAAAGGUUUGCUUUUCUGCCGAACAGCUAAUGGAGAUCUUUGCAAAUGGUAGUGAUUCUGCUAUUUCAAAAGAACACUUCAACCAGAUGAGCCCUGCAAUUAUUCAACAGCUACUUAGUGGAGCUUGUCAACACAGUGAACGGGAAUAUGCACAAUCCGUUGUCCUGCCAACUAACACUGAGAAGUAUGGAUAUAGCACAGUGGCUGUUUUGAUAAUUACCGUGAGCUCCAUGUGUGGUAUCACCCUACUUAUCUUCAGCUCAUGCAAACAGACAUAUCAGCUUAUCCUGCAGCUGUUUGUAGGUAUUGCCGUUGGAACAAUGUCAGGUGAUGCACUGAUGCAUCUUUUGCCACAGGUUCUUGGUCUCCAUGAGCAUGAGCAAAAAGAUACCAGCCAUUUUUCUGAAGACAAAGGGUAUAUUUGGAAAAUGCUUACAGUACUUGGAGGAAUAUAUGCAUUUUUCCUAAUUGAGAAACUAUUCACACUCAUAUUGGCAUUAAGAGGCCAGAAAAUACGUCUGGGACAGGCUUUUCCAACCAGGGUAGAGACAUCAACGUUGGGAAAGUUCCAGAUGCGGGGGCAGGGGGAGACGGAGGUUCGGUGGGGGGUGCAGGUAGAAGUUGCAGCCGGUGACUUUUGCAGAGGUUCUGACAGGGAGGAGCAAUGCCAGAGAGCACUGGGGCACUCGCAGGAACCUGAGACAACAGAACCAGCACUGUCCUAUCAGACAAGUGCACCCUCCACUUUCACAGAUGGACUCAGUGGCCCUCAUCCGUUUCUGUUGCCUUCUUAUGCCCAGGGCUCUGCCUUUGCUACUGAGGAUGUUGAUUCUCAUCGCGACCAGAAUGAGCUGCUGGCUGAUUUGCAGCUGAGAAAUCACUGGUGUGGUCACUUGUUAAGGACCUGCAGCAACAGGCCAUUUGCAAAUGGACAUUUGGCACAUUCACAUGACCUUCCAAUGGAAUCUAACUUGAAUAUCCAAAGAGAAGGAGGCAAAUCUAUUUCCACUAUGCAACUGGGGAAUCCUGAAGAUUCAGAAAAUAUUGACUUUCCUACAAACAAUGCAAUAAAUACUAUUACUGAAAAUGACAAGAAGGAAACGUUUAACCUGCUGGCCAUCAUGAUUGUGGUAGGCGACAGCAUGCACAACUUUGCUGAUGGCCUAGCCAUAGGCGCAGCUUUCUCAUCAUCAGUCGAGUCUGGUAUCACCACCACUAUUGCUAUUUUGUUUCAUGAAAUUCCCCAUGAAAUGGGGGACUUCGCUGUACUUCUGAACUCUGGUUUAUCCAUAAAGCUUGCCAUGCUGAUGAAUUUAUUUAGUGCACUAACAGCUUUCAUUGGGCUCUACAUUGGUCUCUCUCUGUCAGCUGAUCUCAAUGUUCAACAGUGGAUUUUCACGGUGACAGCAGGGAUGUUCCUUUACCUUUCGUUGGUAGAAAUGCUUCCUGAGAUGGCACAUGUAAAAACAACAAAACCCUGGUUGAUGUUCAUCUUUCAGAACAUUGGACUGCUUCUGGGUUGGGCUUGCCUACUCCUUCUUGCCCUAUUUGAACACAGGCUCACCAUAUAA